AUGACUGCAAAAGAAGAUACUCUACCUGAAAGACUGAGGUUUCAUGGAGUUCACACGAAUAUUUUAUGGAGAAAUCUCAUUUCAGAGUUUUUCGGAACAUUCCUACUUUGUUUUAUCGGUCUCUCGAUCGUUUUCCAAUUUCAUGCCGGUGGUGGAAAGACGACAGAAUGGAUUGGGGUUAAUAUAGGAUGGGGAUUUGCAAUUAUGUUUGCAGUUAUGGCAACGGCUAGAAUGUCAGGUGGUCACCUGAAUCCAGCCGUCUCACUUCUUCUUUGGUCUCUUGGACAUCUCAAACUUGCUUGGGUUCCUCUGUACGCAAUUGCACAAACAGCUGGAGCCUUUGUUGCCUCGUUGGCUAUGUACUCUUAUUAUUAUGAACAAUUUGACGCAUUCGACGGUGGAAACCGAACAAUUCUUGGAGCCACCGGAACUGCUGGAUGCUUUGCCAGUUAUCCAUCUCCAAAUCUCGGAGUCUGGGGUCCAUAUAUUGAUCAAUGUGUCGGAACUGGGGUUCUCGCUUAUUUCCUCUGCGUCGUCAUCGAUGAGAGAAAUCAGAUUCCAAAGAUUUGGCAUCCAAUGUUCUUUGGUUUUUUGGUGAUGAUGAUUGGAACUGGAUUCGGAAUGAAUAUUGGAUAUCCAAUCAAUCCAGCAAGAGAUCUCGGACCAAGACUCUUCAGUUAUUUCGUUUACGGACCAGGUGUUUUCCAUUCUCCCUAUACGAACUAUUGGAUUGCUCCUGCUCUUGCCCCAUUCGUUGGUGCUCUUGUCGGUGGAUGGUUCUACCAUUUCUCCCUCGGAAUGCACAACCCAGAUAUCGAAGAAACUGAAAAUGCUUCAAUUGAUCAAUCACCAAAAUCAGUGGAGCAACAGAAACUUCUUCAAGCUUAG